CGUCAUUAAAAUUAAUUCAUUCGUUCCAUGCGGACGCCUUGAAUGAACUUGGGUUUUUACAGCGUGCCGGUACCUAGUAUUCCUUACAGGGGGUGAAGCCAUCUAUUCAAAGCUUCAAAGUCUGCUCUUUUACAGAAUUCAUAUUCGCAGAUUCGGGAGAAUAAGUUCGUAAUGUAAAAAAAACAAUGAAUGUUAUCUGGAGCAGCAAUAGGCUUGAUUUAAGCACUUUUAACAGCAUAAAUUCUGCAAAUUUAAUCUUGUGUUUGAGGCGAGGUUUCAUAACUUGGAUAGCAGAAGUAAAAAGAUUGCUCUGUAAGUUAUGGCUCUUCCCUUUUCAUCAUCAGCAGCAACUUUCUCAGAAUGCUUACAAACUGUGCCAUUUUCUUUUAGUUUCAAAUUGACGAAGGGAUUACUAAUACUGAUAUUCUCCAAGCUUGAGUUCUACAAUGUCAUCUGUUACCCAUCUCAAUCAAAAUCUGAGAGCGUUAUGCAGAGAUGGUUGGUUGAAGGAGGCAAUGCACAUUCUACUUAACACCCACAAACCUUCUGUAAACUCUGGUACAUAUCUUCAACUAUUGCAGACCUGCAUUGAUAAGAAUGCGCUUUCAGAGGGCAAACAAAUCCACUCCCACAUCAACGACAGGGGAUUUACAUUUGCCACAGACACUUUUUUGCAAAAUAGGCUUAUCAGCAUGUAUGACAGAUGCGGAAGUUUGGUUAAUGCUCGCCAAGUGUUUGAUCACUUGACUGAACGAGACAUCUUCACAUGGAAUGUGAUACUUGCAGCUUACAGAAGACAUGGAUUUCCUCGGCAGGCAUUGGUAUUGUUUCACCAAAUGCAACGAACAGGUGUUCGUCUGGAUCAGUUCACCUACUGCAUUAUUCUCACUGUAUGUGCCAAAAUGGCAUCUGUAAAACAUGGUUUGCAGGUCCAUGGGAAAACUAUUAGAUGCGGAUUUCAAUCCAAUAUCUUUGUGAUGAAUACCCUUAUAGACGUGUACGGGAAAUGUGGAAGUGUGGAUGCCGCGCGGGCACUGUUUGACCAAAUGCCCCAGCGAGAUGUGGUCUCAUGGUCUACAAUCAUAGCUGGGUAUACACAAAAUGGGUUCUUUGACAAAGCCUUGGAGAUUUUAAAGUGUAUGGACUUAGCAGGUGUAAAGCUCAACUCGGCAACCUUUGCUAGCAUCCUUCCACUCUGCGCCAACAGGGGAGCUUUGGAACAGGGCAUGGAAAUCCAUAAAAGUGUAAUAGAAAGCGGCCUGUUGUCGGAUGUAGUAGUUGUGACUGCCCUGACAGACAUGUAUGUGAAAUGUGGAAGUAUAGAGAAGGCAGAGGGAUUAUUUGACAAAUUAUCUGAACGAAAUGUGAUCUCAUGGAAUGUGUUGAUUGUAGGAUAUGCGCAAAACAGGCUUGCUAACAAAGCCUUGCAGACUUUUAAGCAAAUGCAGUUGGCAGGUGUGAAUCCGAACUCGGUAACAUUUGCCAGCAUCCUGCCAUCAUGUGGCAAAAUAUGUGCUUUGGAACAUAUUAUGGAAAUCCAUCGAAAAAUAAUUGAGAACGGUUUUCUGUUAGAUGUUGUAGUUGGAACUGCUCUCAUUGACAUGUAUUCAAAAUGUGGAAGCAUACAGGAUGCUCACAAGUUGUUUGACAAUAUGGCUCAGCGCAAUGUGGUCUCGUGGACUGCUAUCAUUGCUGGAUAUGCUCAAAAUGGGCUGGUUGAAAAAGCCUUGGGGAUGUUCAAGCAAAUGCAAUUGGCAGGUGUGAGGGCAGACUCUUCAACCUUCGCUAGGAUCCUCCCAACGUGUACCAAAAUGGGAGCUUUGGAACAGGGUAUGGAAAUCCACCACAAAAUAACUGAGAGAGGUUUUUUGUCAGAUAGUGUAGUUGUGACAGCCCUAAUAGACAUGUAUGUGAAAUGUGGAAGCAUACAGAAGGCACGCAAAUUGUUUGACAAAAUGGAAAAUGCGAAUGUGGUUUCUUGGACUGCAAUCAUUACAGGAUAUGCACAAAACGGUAAUCUUGAUGAGGCUUUGAGGCUUUUCGAAAAAAUGCCUCAAUGUGAUGUUAUCUCAUGGACUGUAAUCAUUGGUGGAUAUGUACAAAAUGGGCUUGUUGAUAAGGCCUUGGAAAUGUUUAGAGAAAUGCAAUUGGCUGGUGUAAAUCCAAACUCCUCAACAUUUGCUAGUAUCUUGCCAGCUUGUGCUAAACAUGGAAUUCUGGAACAGGGUAAGGAAAUCCAUCAAAAAAUAAUUGAACAAAGAGUUCUUUCAGAUGUUAUAAUUGUGACUGCCUUGAUAGACAUGUAUGCAAAAUGUGGAAGCAUACAAAAGGCACGUGAUUUGUUUGAUAAAAUGCAAAAUCCAGAUGUGGCCGCAUGGAAUGCUAUGAUUGCAGGAUAUGCAAUGCAUGGUUAUAGCAAGGAAGCCAUCAAAUUGUUUGAACUAAUGAAGCACUCUGGAACCAACCCUAACCAUGUAAGCUUCACUUGUGUUUUAUUUGCAUGCUGUCAUGCAGGUCUAGUGGAUGAUGGCUGCCAGUAUUUCAAUGGCAUGAACAUGCAAGCAAUUAAUCAUUAUGUCUGCAUGGUUGACCUUCUCGGCCGUGCUGGCUAUCUUGAUGAAACCCUAAACUUUAUCAUCAAAAUGCCAAUAAAACCUGAUUUGGUUGUUUGGAUGUGUCUGAUUGCUGGUUGCAGAUCACAUAAAAAUGUGAAGUUAGGAGAAUUUGUGGCAACACACCUUUUUGAGUUGGAAUCUAAAAGAGAGGCACCUUAUGUUCUUCUGUCAAACAUUUAUGCAGAAGUGGGCAGGUGGCGUGACAUUCAAAAGGUAAGGAAAUUGAUGAAAGACAGAGGAAUUAAGAAAAAACCUGGAUGUAGUUGGAUAGAAAUUCAUAAAAUGGUACACACAUUUUUUGUAGGAGACAGAUCACAUCCACAAACACAGGAGAUCUAUGCAAAGUUGGAGAGUUUAUCUUGUGAGAUGAAGGCAGCAGGUUAUGUUCCAAAUACAAUACCUGUAUUGCAUGAUCUGGUGGAAGAAGAGAAGGAAAUACUCAUUUGCCACCAUAGUGAGAAGUUGGCAAUUGCAUUUGGGUUGUUAAACACUUCCCCUGGAACAACUAUUAGAGUUGUGAAGAACCUUCGAGUAUGUCGUGACUGUCACACUGCAUCAAAGUUUAUAUCCAAGAUUGUUGCAAGAGAAAUUGUUGUGAGAGACAUGAACCGUUUCCAUCAUUUUAAACAUGGACAGUGUUCUUGUGGAGAUUAUUGGUGAUAUCAGGUGAAGCAACUUAUAAACAUGGGAUUGCACCAUAGCAAAGUGCAUGACGUCCAGUUUGCAGUGGGAUUGCACCGAAGAAGCCUGGACAUAGCUGGACCAAACAACUGGAGGUGGAGGUGGAGGUGGAGGUGGAGGUGGAAGAAUGUAAAAUAAAAGAGAAGGGCUUUUACAAUUAGCCCUAUGUUGGGCUAGGACUUUCUGUUUGGAUUAAUUUAGUUACUUUUUUAGCCGAGAGGGCUAGCUCAUGAACCCAAAAAAUA